ACUUGUGGUUUUCCCUGAAUUGUGUAUAAAGGUGUCACAAGCGCCCAGCAUACAUGUAGCGGCAGGACCACAAACUCAACCCUUUUACAUUUUAACAAACUAGUCCUCCCUCAAAACCCGCGACCAGCGUACACGCUUUUUGUUCCGCAAUGCCUCACAAGCAGAGUUCAGCCCCGAAGAUUGCGGUGUUGGUAAACACAUACCGCAGAUACUCCUUCGAGCCAUCCACGCGAGACUCCUUCACCACGACAAUCCUAGGCGUGGCGCCCUCGGCCAAAAUCGACUUCUACGACCCCGUCGACGCGCAGGAGUACCCGCGCGCGGACGACUACGACCUGGUUGUGCUGAGCGGGGGCACCGCCGAUAUCAAUGCCCCGGAGCCGUGGGUGCUGAAGAUGUUUGAGUUUAUUCGGGCGACGGUGGCGGCGUCGACGGUGAAGCUGGUGGGGGUUUGUUGGGGCCAUCAGGCGGUUCAUGUCGCGCUUGGGGGGAGGCUGGUCGUCAUGGAAGAGCCGGAGCUGGGUGUGACUACGAUCAAGUUGACGCCGCAAGGCGGGGCCUUUUUUGAUUUUGCGGCAGAGGCAUCAAAGCUGGACAUGCAUCAGUUCCAUCGGCGAAAGAUCGUGGACCCAGCCCCGGAAUUCGUGCCAUUGACCGAGGACAAUCAAAGUUUCAUGUCGCCCGACAAUAGGAUUUUGACGUUCCAGGGUCACCCGGAGAUGAAUGCGAAGCUGGCGCAGUCAAUUCUGGCGGAUGCGCCGAAGUAUACGGAAAAGUUGACAGCGGAGCGGCGAGAUGGUGUGUCGAAGGCAAUGGAAAGGGAGCAGGAUGGUAAGGCCAUCUUUGAGCGCAUCAUACGCUGGAUAAACGAGAAAUGAAAAGAUUGGUCCCGGGGGAAAGACGUUGGAUUUGUAUAAUCAAUCGUCAAUGGGUAGUUAGUACAGAUAGCUUUGCGUUGCCAUGUAAAUAAUCUAGCGCGCUUUAAACAACAGGUCUAUUCAGCAACCGCCC